AUUAUUUCAUGCCAUCACACAGGGAACCCUCGGCCCCUCUUCGGUCUAGUCCCCGAGUCUCCUUCUCAACCCCCGCCUCCACCUCCACCACCUCCUCCUCCUCCUCCACUAUCACCACCACCCCCUCUUCUUCCUCCACGCGCGGCGGCGACGACAACGUCCUAGCAACCGAGGGAAGGGGCGGAGAUGAGCGUGUGGAACUACGUGGUGACGGCCCACAAGCCGACCAACGUCACCCACUCCUGCGUGGGCAACUUCACCAGUCCCCAAGAGCUCAACCUCAUCAUCGCUAAAUGUACUCGCAUUGAGAUCCAUUUGCUUACUCCUCAUGGCCUACAGCCCAUGCUGGAUGUUCCAAUAUAUGGAAGAAUUGCAACACUUGAACUUUUCCGUCCUCAUGGUGAACCUCAAGAUUUCCUAUUUAUUGCUACAGAAAGAUACAAAUUUUGUGUUCUUCAAUGGGAUGCAGAGACUUCAGAACUCAUCACAAGAGCUAUGGGAGAUGUUUCGGAUCGCAUUGGUCGCCCAACAGAUAAUGGACAGAUUGGCAUAAUUGAUCCAGACUGUAGAUUAAUUGGUCUCCACCUAUAUGAUGGUUUGUUCAAGGUCAUACCCUUUGAUAACAAAGGACAACUAAAGGAAGCAUUCAACAUCAGGUACCAGGAAAUGUAGUAUUAAAUAGUCAUUAACCAUUUAACAAGUAUUCUGGGAAGACU